AUGCAGGAAGCGGUGGCAGCGGCGGUGGCAGCAAUACAUCGCGGUAGUGGCCCGGCACCAGGACCACAUUGGAAGUUCAAGUCCAAGUCCACAACACGUUGGAGGCGGUCGGGGGUACGUACUCCCAAGUACAUUCCUGGAAUCGGAAUGGUUGGCAACUUGGCAAGUACCUUAUCCACUGGGUCUCUAUAUGCUGGCAGCUUUUCGUCCCAGAAGGGCGAUUGUCCCACCAUAACACAGUAUUUAAUUGGACAGACAGAAGCCCUGGGCUGGGCCAGCCCGAGUGGACCCCCCCACCCGGCUUCAACAUUUGGCAAGUGGGUGUUGUCGUCUGAACUUUUGAGGAAGGGCCGUCCGUCGUUCUUGAACCUCCAGGCACAAAUUGUUUGCCAGUUAGAAAGACGUCGUCAGUCAGUCAACCACAUCGCCAACAACCCAUGUCGCCUUGUACAGCAAACGAGUCUUGAUCGGGUCAUUGGCCCCAGUUCCCGCCAUCUGUCCAUGCGUCCCUACCCAAAGGAAGGGAGAGAAAAGACGGGCCGUACGGAUACUUCACAAAUUCACCCUCGUCGCCAGGCCAUUGCCAUUGAGUCGUCAGUCAUUGACGGACCCACGUUGCUGCAUGACGAGCUCCGUUCGCAUGGCUGGUUUCUUCAUGACCGCCAAAUCUCAAGUCUCAACGCGACCACAACCACGGCAACCGACGACGGUGCAACAUGGAUUAUCGGGUGGUUGGCCCGUUUGAUCUCCCUUCUGCCCAGGAGAUACACAGCUACACGCCCAUCUCUACUUGGCGACACAAGUACGGCCGGCGGAGGCAGUGGUAGAUUGCUGUCACACUUGUUCAAGGUGAAGAUGGAGCACCAGAUUUCCAUCUUCCAAAAUUUCCAACGUCUGGCUUGGCGGAUCAUGGCGAAGAGCAACGCAUCUCUUGACCUUCCCAUCUCGGCUCCUGCAUCGCCGAGUCUCAAUCGAUCCACUGGUUCCAUGGGCUAUCGGAAACAUGUCUCUCAUGACCUGCCAAUUUACGACAAGGAAAAUGAAGAGAAGAAGAAAUGA